UCAGCCGAUCGCCUCCUUUGCGCAGCAUCUCUCAGCACGCACGGCGCACCACGGAGAAACGCGCAGCAGACCGACCCCGUCCGUAAGAAACAGGCGUACUUUUCCAAUUCCCCAAAAUCGCUUCUGCCUUCUCCAAGGACUCGCCUGCACGGCUACGCUGCGUAAAAAGACGGAAAGGGGGGAUUUAAAACGCAAACGCAGCCCAAGCAUCCAAGAGCAAGCUCGAAAAUGAUGGCCGGCGGAGCAGUACAGCAAAACGGCAUUUUCUCAAAUCCUCACCAUCACAAUCAACAGCCACACAUGGAGUCCGACCCUCCGGACUCGCGUAAAAGACCACUGGAGACCCCGACGGAGGCCAGCAGCACCAAACGCACAAACACGGGAGUGGCCUUCCUGCAGCCCCUAUUUGAAACUGAAGGCAUUGUAUUCCCUCACCAAGAAACUGAGACUCAUGAGGAAGGCGAGUACUUCCUGAAGGUUUUGAUUCCCAGCUAUGCGGCCGGUUCAAUCAUCGGAAAAGGAGGUCAGACCAUCGUGCAGCUGCAGAAAGAGACCGGAGCCACCAUCAAACUGUCCAAAUCCAAAGACUUCUACCCGGGGACGACAGAGCGGGUGUGUCUGAUUCAGGGGACGGUGGAGGCGCUCAACGGCGUCCAUGACUUCAUCGCCGAGAAGGUGAGGGAGAUGCCGCAGAGCACCCAGAAGACAGAGCCCGUCAGCAUCCUGCAGCCGCAGACCACCGUCAACCCGGACCGGGUCAAACAGGCCAAGCUGAUCGUCCCCAACAGCACGGCGGGGUUGAUCAUCGGUAAAGGUGGAGCGACGGUGAAGGCGGUGAUGGAGCAGUCGGGCGCGUGGGUGCAGCUCUCCCAGAAGCCCGAGGGCAUCAACCUGCAGGAGCGGGUGGUGACCAUCAGCGGCGAGCCGGAGCAGAACCGCAAGGCGGUGGAGAUCAUCGUGCAGAAGAUCCAGGAGGAUCCGCAGAGCUCCUCCUGCCUCAACAUCUCCUACUCCAACAUCACGGGGCCCGUCGCCAACUCCAACCCCACCGGCUCCCCGUACGCCAACUCCACCGAGGUCAUGCCGGCCGCCGCCGCCGCCGCCGCCGCCACGGCCUCCUCCCUGCUCGGCCAGGCGGGCCUGGCUGGCGUGGGGGCGUUCCCCACCACCAUGUCCAGCCUGUCGGGCAACGACCUGCUGGCCAUCACCUCCGCCCUCAACACUCUGGCCAGCUACGGCUACAACACCAACUCCCUGGGGCUGGGGCUGAACCCCGCCGCCGCCUCGGGAGUGUUAGCCGCCGUGGCGGCCAACGCCAACCCGGCCGCCGCCGCCGCCGCCAAUUUGUUAGCGUCGUACGCCAGCGACGCGUCCACCAGCGCGGCUCACCCCGCCGCCAGCCUGGGGGGCUUCUCCCUGGGAUCCCUCGCCGCCGCCACGGGCGCCACCAACGGCUACCUGAGCGCCGCCUCGCCGCUGGUGGCGUCGUCUCUACUGGCCACGGAGAAGCUCGCGGAAGGAGCCAAGGAAGUGGUGGAGAUCGCCGUGCCGGAGAACCUGGUGGGAGCCAUCUUGGGGAAAGGAGGCAAGACGCUAGUGGAGUACCAGGAGCUGACCGGAGCCCGGAUCCAGAUCUCCAAGAAAGGCGAGUUCAUCCCCGGAACUCGGAACAGGAAGGUGACCAUCACGGGUUCCCAGGCCGCCACGCAGGCCGCACAGUACCUGAUCAGCCAGCGGAUCACCUACGAGCAGGGGGUACGCGCCACCAACCCACAGAAGGUGGGCUAAACCUGACAGCCAAUGAGAAACGAGGAGGAAAAGAGGAAAAAAAAAAAAGAGUGGGGGCUUGGGGGAGGAGUCUAAAAAAAAGAGAGUGAGAAUGGCAAAAGGAGAGGAGAGCAAGAAUGUCGGAAGGAAUCGUUUGCGCCGUUUUCUUCUGCGUGUUUUCAGUAUUCUCUAUUAAAAAAAAAAAAAUUGACGCAAA